AUGUCUCGGCGUUUGUACCUCGGCAGACUUUCCACCGACACCCGUUCUGAGGACAUUUCGAAGCUGUUUGAGAAUUAUGGAGGCAUAAUCGACUGUCGUGUCAUGACCGGCUUCGGGUUUGUGGAGUUUGAGUCUUCCAAGGAUGCCGAAGACGCAGUGAACAACUUCAAUGGAAAGUCGUUCAUGGGCAACAACAUUGUUGUCGAGUUUGCGAAAGAGAGUCGGCCGCGUCGUGACCGGGAAUUUGACGACAGAGACCGCGACAGAGGCGAUAGAGGCGACAGAGGUGCUCGCUCUCGUCGCCCACCUGGCAUUCGGCUCAUCGUUUCCAACCUCUCCCGUGACACCAGCUGGCAGGACCUCAAGGAUUUUGGCCGCGAGGCUGGAAACGUUUCAUUUGCAGAUAUUGACUACAACCAAAGAGAACAAGGUGUUCUGGAGUAUUUGAGCCGUGAUGAUGCCGACAUUGCAGUCAAGGAACUCGACGGCAAGGAUCUCCGUGGUCGCGCAGUUCGUGUCGAAUAUGAUGACUCGCGUUCUGGUCCAGAUAACUACCGCCGAGAUGACCGUGGAGGAGGCGGAGGAGGCUAUCGUAGCAGGCGUGAUGGUGAUGACGACGACCGUGGUUAUCGUAGGCGCGACGACAGAGACAAGCGCGACAGAGAUAGGGAUGACCGUCGCAAAGACCGCUCGAGGUCCAGAUCUCCCCGGACACGUGAUCGUCGUAGGUCCCCACCCCGACGCGAACGAAGCCGUGACCGCGAUGACAAGAAGCGGGACAAGGACGACAAAGAUGGAAAGGACGACCGCGACCGUUCAGCCAAGAACGGAGAUGGAGGUUGGGGCAGGGACCGCUCUCGUUGA